UGUACUGGUCAUCAGUGAGUGAAAUCAUGGCGCGUCUACCGUGCGUCAUCGUAUUCCUGAUUGCCACCAGAAUAGUUGCGGGUGAAAUAAAAAAUGUCGGUUGGUGGAAGAAUGCAGUGUUUUAUCAAAUAUAUCCCCGGAGUUUCCAAGAUGAUAACAACGACGGGAUUGGAGACCUCAAAGGAAUUACGAAAAGGCUAGAUCACUUCAAGGAGACGGGGAUCGAUGCGGUAUGGCUGUCUCCAAUUUAUGCCAGUCCGAUGGUCGAUUUUGGUUAUGACAUCUCUGAUUUCCGGAAGAUCCAUCCUGAUUACGGGACUGACGCUGAUUUCACUGAACUGAUAUCAACAGCUCGGAAAUUAGGAAUCAAAGUAAUCAUGGAUUUAGUACCGAAUCAUACGUCCGAUGAACAUGAAUGGUUCCAAAAAAGUCUUGCUGGUGAUGAGGCUUACAAGGAUUACUACAUCUGGCAUGACAAACCCACUGACGGCAAACCUUUGAACAAUUGGAUCAGUGUGUUUGGAGGAUCAGCUUGGAACUGCUCAUCUUCUCGACCACAAUGCUACUUUCAUCAAUUCCAUUACAAGCAACCAGACUUGAACUUCAGGAGUGACAAAGUCCAAGAAGAAAUGAAAGACAUCAUCCGGUUUUGGUUGGACAAAGGAAUAGAUGGCUUCCGCGUUGAUGCAAUUCCGCAUCUUUUCGAGGUUGAAGAUCUGAGGAAUGAACCCAGGACAAACCUCCCUGGUGUAGUUGAUGGAGAAUACGCUUACUUGGACCAUUUCUACACAAAAGAUCAGCCCGAAACUUAUGAUGUUGUAAAAUCCUGGGUGAAGCUUAUGAACGAUUACGCGAAUGCUAGCAACACCGAUGAGAAGGUUAUGACAGUGGAAGCUUACACAUUUCUGAAUAAAACGACGGAGUAUUAUGAGACUGGGUGCCAGAUUCCCUUCAAUUUCUACUUCAUAACGGAUGUCAAUCGAACUUCCGGUCCAGAUCAAUUCAAGAAAGUUAUUGAUCAGUGGCUCACUGAAAUUGCCGGAAGACCGGGGGCAGUUGCUAACUGGGUGUUGGGGAAUCAUGACGGGUCGAGGACAGCUAGCAGAUACCCAGGACGUGGUGAUCAAAUGACAAUGCUUGCGAUGAUUCUGCCAGGUGUUGCUGUGACGUACUACGGAGAAGAAAUCGGGAUGAUCGAUAAAACUGAUAUCAGCUAUGAAGAUACUCAGGAUCCAGCGGGUUGCAAUGCUGGAAGGGAAAAGUACAAAGAGAAAUCACGAGAUCCCGUCAGAACUCCGAUGCAGUGGAACGACGACAUCAAUGCUGGAUUCAAUCAAGGAGAAAGAACAUGGAUACCUGUCAAUGAGAACUUUGUGGAAUUAAAUCUGGCUGCUCAGAAGACUGCAAAAUUUUCUCACUAUAAAAUCUAUAAAAAACUCAUUCAUUUGAGGAAAACACACGCAGCACUUUUGACCGGCAAGGUAGAAACAUUCGUGUCGUCUGACAAAAAAAUUCUGUCGGUUGUUAGAUCUUCGAACACUGAGUCUAUCAUCUUGAUCAUCAACUUCUCUGAUACGGAAACUGUCACUGUCAAUUUGGUGAACCAAGUUCCUUCAAUUGCUGCUGGGGGAUUGGUUGAAGUUGCUACUCUGGAUUCACCAAUCAACGAAGGCUCAUCCGUAAAUCUGAGGAAGCUGCCAAUCGCACCUAAACAAUCUUUAGUUAUUUCUGCGAAAAUCCAGAAAUAAAAUUGGAUGAAGAAUGAAAAAACAGCAAUACUUCGUGAUCAGAUUUGUCUCUCAACGUAAUCAUGGAAAAUUAUUGAUCUCAUCGAUUGUAUUUGUGAUAAAACUCUUUGUGCAGGAAAAUAAUGAAAGCAUGAUAGCAGGAAUUCUUUCAAUCAAUGCACUCCAUUGUUUAUGGUAAUAAUAAAAAUAAUGUCAAUGUUAUAAAUCAUUACCCACAUAAAGAGAAUAAACAAGAAUUAGCAGAAGA